UUUUGAAGCACAACUCGCUCAUGUUGUGACAUGCUUAUAAGGUUGUUCCAAAGAGCUUUGCAAACGCGGCCCAUAUUGACGCAAAUUGUAGCCUCAGGUGCCAUUUGCGGAGGUGGUGAUGCAUUCACUCAACUUGUGAUUGACAAGAAGCAUAUUAAGGACUUUGACUAUAUAAGAAGCGGCAGAUUUUUUGUUCUAGCAUCGGCUUUUAUAGCCCCCUGCCUCAUAAAAUGGUUCAAAGUCCUAGAAAGAGUUCGUGGCAAUUCUAGGAUCGUUCCCUUAAUCCGUGUAGCAUGUGAUCAGCUGCUGUUUGCGCCAGGUUUUAAUGCAAUGAUCUUGUUCAAUUUGCGUGUGCUAGAAGGUUUUACUUUUGACACAUCGUGGAAGAUGAUGAAGGAAGAUUGGUGGACUAUAUACUCUAACAAAUUAUAGGUCUGGCCAGCUGCACAAUUGAUAAACUUCUAUCUGCUUCCAUUGAACAUGCGGGUGAUAUUCGUGCAAGUGGUCGCUUUCUUUUGGAAUGCGUAUAUAUCGUAUGCAACACAUCAUUGAUAUAGAAAAUACAGUCAAUGCUGCUCAAGCAAACUUUGCUUGCAUAGUGCUCAGCUUUGAAGGCUUCGAGCAAUUACCUCCAUUACGAUUGUAUUCGUGAACUGUCAACCUCUAUCAUACCUUUGAUAUCUCACAAUCAAAUUUUGUAAAUGUGUACUUCGUAAACGACUCUCUUGUUGGAAAUCUUAUUAGAACAUAAGUUUGCCAUUAUUAACGUUAAGAAACUUCUUGAUAUACAAGUGUGGAGAUCCAUCUAUUUUGAGCAGUAUGCGAUAGAACCAAAUCUUCUUUUUGAUACCCUAAUUUCACGCGUACAAGGCGCGGGGGAUUUUUUUUCCAAAAUCGGCCACCCCAAAUACGCCAAAGAACUUCG